GGAUUACUCCGCUACGGGACCCCUCAUCACCUGCCGGGCUGCCGGACAGGUAUCGCCCAUGCAAUAAAGGCGGUGCACCGAUACCCGCUUUCAUACAGUUGAGCAAUUGUUAUAUUAUACACUUCACCAGAACGUUCUUUUGGACGCUAGCCUCCUCGCUUAUACAGUUCCGAGCUCUCAUCAUCUUCGUCCUUACCUGUCGGCUGUCCAUACCUAAAACCAAUGGCUCGCAAGAAAGCCGGAAAUAAGAAGAAGAAGAACGCCGCUGCUGCGUCGUCUUCCGCUAAACCCGUGGCGCCGUCCAGCAUUCCCACACCUUCCGUUCCCGGCCUGGACCUCAAUGUGGUGGCUCCUCUGGCCUUUUGGGAAGCCAUGACUGAUGAAGAUUGUCCCGCCGAUUUGGAGGUGGACUUCGAGGCGACACCGGCGCCUGCGUCCGCAACGGGCACAAUUGCUGCCUCGGCGGUUGGCGACCUGCUCAAGUGGUUUGCCAAGGGCGUUGCUGCCGCGGGUGCCGAGGCAGCUCGGCUGGACUUUGCGGCCUCCCUCAGCAAGGAGCAGCGGGCCGAGGUGCACAGCUCCAUUGCCGCUGCGGGUCUGGCGGGGGUGCUGGAGAGCGCCAGCAGCGGGGUGGGCGAGCAGCGGCGCAUCGCGGUGUACAGGAAGGGGGCCGCGCCCGCCAAGCCGACUGCGGCUCCCGAGGUGUUGGAGCAGGCAGCCACCCUGUACAAGUGGGCCCGGGACGCAGGUCUGAUGUCGUUCAGUCGCGACGAGAUUGCGGAGCAGCUGGCGGCGGCGCCUGACGGUGCUGCGCUGGCGGCCCCCCUCGCGGCGAUCUGGGCGGCUCGAAGCGCCGAGCAGGUGGACGUUGCCGUGAUGGCGAGGGCGGUGGAGCUGGACGACGUGGUGAUGGUCGGUAUGCUGCUGCAAGCCAAGCCAGAGUUGGCUCGCGCGGUUGACGGCUCCACGGGUCAGCCGCCCCUGCACGCGGCCGCCCGGCUGGGGUCGGUGGGGGCGCUGCGGGCGCUGGUGGCGGCGGGGGCGGGGCUGGAGGACAAGGACGCGCACGGGCGCACGGCGCUGCAGAUCUCCCGCACCUUUGAGCAGUGCGAUGCGGAGGCGGCGCUGCUGCAGCUGGGCGCCCACGACCCGGAGGCGGGCAGGUUCCCGCUGAACAGGGCGGCAGCGGAGCUGGCAGCGGGAGCCAGGCAGCACCAGCACCCCCAUGCAAGCGGCCCAGCUGCUGCUGCUGCAGAGGCGGUGACGGCGCCGUUGAAGCCGGCGGAGGUGGAGGAGAAGGCAGCCGGAGAGGAGGAGCAGGACAGGGCAGCGGAGCCGGAGGAGGCCGGAGUCACCGCGGUUGUCACCGCUGGCACCGCAGCAGCUGUAGAUGCUGGGGCAGUGAAGGAGGAUGCGGAGGUCGAGCCCAAGCCAGCAGCGGAGGAGGCGGCGCCUGCAGAGGCGGCGGCGGCGGCGGAGGCUGCGCCUGUAGAGGCGGCGGCGGCAGAGGUGGCUAAGCCUGCAGAGGCGGCGGCGGCGGAGGCUGCGCCUGUAGAGGCGGCGACGGCUGCGCCUGUAGAGGCAGCGGAGGCAGAGGAGGCUGCGCCUGCAGAGGCGGCGGCGGCGGAGGAGGCUAAGCCUGCAGAAGCGGCGGCGGAGGCGGCGCCUGUAGAGGCGGCGGAGGCGGAGGCGGCGCCUGCA